ACAGGACGCAAUCUUUAGGUUAUUCAAGCAGCAGAUUCCGUACUGAAAGCACAACAUACACCAUACGAGAACAAAGAUAUAGAUAUCAAGAUGCAAAUCUUUGUCAAGACUUUGACUGGUAAAACCAUCACAUUGGAGGUGGAGCCAUCGGACAGCAUUGAGAAUGUCAAAGCCAAGAUCCAGGACAAGGAAGGGAUUCCCCCAGACCAGCAGCGUCUCAUCUUUGCCGGUAAACAGCUGGAAGAUGGACGUACAUUGUCCGACUACAACAUCCAGAAGGAGUCCACACUCCAUUUGGUGUUGCGUCUCCGAGGAGGUAUGCAGAUCUUUGUGAAGACUUUGACCGGUAAGACCAUCACACUGGAGGUUGAGCCAUCAGACAGCAUUGAGAAUGUCAAAGCCAAGAUCCAGGACAAGGAAGGGAUUCCCCCAGACCAGCAGCGUCUCAUCUUUGCCGGUAAACAGCUGGAAGAUGGACGUACAUUGUCCGACUACAACAUCCAGAAGGAGUCCACACUCCAUUUGGUGUUGCGUCUCCGAGGAGGUAUGCAGAUCUUUGUGAAGACUUUGACCGGUAAGACCAUCACACUGGAGGUUGAGCCAUCAGACAGCAUUGAGAAUGUCAAAGCCAAGAUCCAGGACAAGGAAGGGAUUCCCCCAGACCAGCAGCGUCUCAUCUUUGCCGGUAAACAGCUGGAAGAUGGACGUACAUUGUCCGACUACAACAUCCAGAAGGAGUCCACACUCCAUUUGGUGUUGCGUCUCCGAGGAGGUAUGCAGAUCUUUGUGAAGACUUUGACCGGUAAGACCAUCACACUGGAGGUUGAGCCAUCAGACAGCAUUGAGAAUGUCAAAGCCAAGAUCCAGGACAAGGAAGGGAUUCCCCCAGACCAGCAGCGUCUCAUCUUUGCCGGUAAACAGCUGGAAGAUGGACGUACAUUGUCCGACUACAACAUCCAGAAGGAGUCCACACUCCAUUUGGUGUUGCGUCUCCGAGGAGGUAUGCAGAUCUUUGUGAAGACUUUGACCGGUAAGACCAUCACACUGGAGGUUGAGCCAUCAGACAGCAUUGAGAAUGUCAAAGCCAAGAUCCAGGACAAGGAAGGGAUUCCCCCAGACCAGCAGCGUCUCAUCUUUGCCGGUAAACAGCUGGAAGAUGGACGUACAUUGUCCGACUACAACAUCCAGAAGGAGUCCACACUCCAUUUGGUGUUGCGUCUCCGAGGAGGUAUGCAGAUCUUUGUGAAGACUUUGACCGGUAAGACCAUCACACUGGAGGUUGAGCCAUCAGACAGCAUUGAGAAUGUCAAAGCCAAGAUCCAGGACAAGGAAGGGAUUCCCCCAGACCAGCAGCGUCUCAUCUUUGCCGGUAAACAGCUGGAAGAUGGACGUACAUUGUCCGACUACAACAUCCAGAAGGAGUCCACACUCCAUUUGGUGUUGCGUCUCCGAGGAGGUAUGCAGAUCUUUGUGAAGACUUUGACCGGUAAGACCAUCACACUGGAGGUUGAGCCAUCAGACAGCAUUGAGAAUGUCAAAGCCAAGAUCCAGGACAAGGAAGGGAUUCCCCCAGACCAGCAGCGUCUCAUCUUUGCCGGUAAACAGCUGGAAGAUGGACGUACAUUGUCCGACUACAACAUCCAGAAGGAGUCCACACUCCAUUUGGUGUUGCGUCUCCGAGGAGGUAUGCAGAUCUUUGUGAAGACUUUGACCGGUAAGACCAUCACACUGGAGGUUGAGCCAUCAGACAGCAUUGAGAAUGUCAAAGCCAAGAUCCAGGACAAGGAAGGGAUUCCCCCAGACCAGCAGCGUCUCAUCUUUGCCGGUAAACAGCUGGAAGAUGGACGUACAUUGUCCGACUACAACAUCCAGAAGGAGUCCACACUCCAUUUGGUGUUGCGUCUCCGAGGAGGUAUGCAGAUCUUUGUGAAGACUUUGACCGGUAAGACCAUCACACUGGAGGUUGAGCCAUCAGACAGCAUUGAGAAUGUCAAAGCCAAGAUCCAGGACAAGGAAGGGAUUCCCCCAGACCAGCAGCGUCUCAUCUUUGCCGGUAAACAGCUGGAAGAUGGACGUACAUUGUCCGACUACAACAUCCAGAAGGAGUCCACACUCCAUUUGGUGUUGCGUCUCCGAGGAGGUAUGCAGAUCUUUGUGAAGACUUUGACCGGUAAGACCAUCACACUGGAGGUUGAGCCAUCAGACAGCAUUGAGAAUGUCAAAGCCAAGAUCCAGGACAAGGAAGGGAUUCCCCCAGACCAGCAGCGUCUCAUCUUUGCCGGUAAACAGCUGGAAGAUGGACGUACAUUGUCCGACUACAACAUCCAGAAGGAGUCCACACUCCAUUUGGUGUUGCGUCUCCGAGGAGGUAUGCAGAUCUUUGUGAAGACUUUGACCGGUAAGACCAUCACACUGGAGGUUGAGCCAUCAGACAGCAUUGAGAAUGUCAAAGCCAAGAUCCAGGACAAGGAAGGGAUUCCCCCAGACCAGCAGCGUCUCAUCUUUGCCGGUAAACAGCUGGAAGAUGGACGUACAUUGUCCGACUACAACAUCCAGAAGGAGUCCACACUCCAUUUGGUGUUGCGUCUCCGAGGAGGUAUGCAGAUCUUUGUGAAGACUUUGACCGGUAAGACCAUCACACUGGAGGUUGAGCCAUCAGACAGCAUUGAGAAUGUCAAAGCCAAGAUCCAGGACAAGGAAGGGAUUCCCCCAGACCAGCAGCGUCUCAUCUUUGCCGGUAAACAGCUGGAAGAUGGACGUACAUUGUCCGACUACAACAUCCAGAAGGAGUCCACACUCCAUUUGGUGUUGCGUCUCCGAGGAGGUAUGCAGAUCUUUGUGAAGACUUUGACCGGUAAGACCAUCACACUGGAGGUUGAGCCAUCAGACAGCAUUGAGAAUGUCAAAGCCAAGAUCCAGGACAAGGAAGGGAUUCCCCCAGACCAGCAGCGUCUCAUCUUUGCCGGUAAACAGCUGGAAGAUGGACGUACAUUGUCCGACUACAACAUCCAGAAGGAGUCCACACUCCAUUUGGUGUUGCGUCUCCGAGGAGGUAUGCAGAUCUUUGUGAAGACUUUGACCGGUAAGACCAUCACACUGGAGGUUGAGCCAUCAGACAGCAUUGAGAAUGUCAAAGCCAAGAUCCAGGACAAGGAAGGGAUUCCCCCAGACCAGCAGCGUCUCAUCUUUGCCGGUAAACAGCUGGAAGAUGGACGUACAUUGUCCGACUACAACAUCCAGAAGGAGUCCACACUCCAUUUGGUGUUGCGUCUCCGAGGAGGUAUGCAGAUCUUUGUGAAGACUUUGACCGGUAAGACCAUCACACUGGAGGUUGAGCCAUCAGACAGCAUUGAGAAUGUCAAAGCCAAGAUCCAGGACAAGGAAGGGAUUCCCCCAGACCAGCAGCGUCUCAUCUUUGCCGGUAAACAGCUGGAAGAUGGACGUACAUUGUCCGACUACAACAUCCAGAAGGAGUCCACACUCCAUUUGGUGUUGCGUCUCCGAGGAGGUAUGCAGAUCUUUGUGAAGACUUUGACCGGUAAGACCAUCACACUGGAGGUUGAGCCAUCAGACAGCAUUGAGAAUGUCAAAGCCAAGAUCCAGGACAAGGAAGGGAUUCCCCCAGACCAGCAGCGUCUCAUCUUUGCCGGUAAACAGCUGGAAGAUGGACGUACAUUGUCCGACUACAACAUCCAGAAGGAGUCCACACUCCAUUUGGUGUUGCGUCUCCGAGGAGGAAACUAAAUGAACACUGCUUGUUUCAGUUUUAAUAAUCAUGAUAACUUUAUUUAUAUGAAAAGGUUUACACCUUUGACAUUCAAAUCCUUUUAAUUGUUGGAACUUUCAUAAUUUGAGAAAAUGAAAACAACCAUUUUCUACAAACUUCAUAACAUAAAGAACAUCAAGGUUAUCUCCCUUUUGUCUGAAGAGAAUCGAUAGAUCAGAUGUCAAAGAGUGAUUUUAAUUUAAUAUACUUCGAGGCCUGGGCAACACCCUUUGUGUAAGCAAGUAAUAAAAGAUUUUAUUGUUGAAAU